GCUCCCUCCUCCCUCCCUCCCUCCCGCGCCCGCUCCCCCCUCCUCCUCCUCCUCCCCCUCCCGCGCCCGCUCGCACUCUCCUCUCCUGCUCGCCCGCACUCGCCCUCCUGCCAGUCUGCCCGCGCCGGGCCGCACCGGCGCCUCCGCGGCGCCCUCUCCCACGCGGCCCGGGGGCUCCCGCCGCCGUCCAUGCACCCCUCGCCCCCUGCCUCGCAGCCGGGCCAGGUUAUGAAGGAAGAAUGGAGUUUCCAGACCAUAGCCGCCAGUUGCUGCAGUGUCUGAGUCAGCAGCGUCACCAGGGCUUCCUGUGUGACUGUACUGUUUUAGUUGGAGAAGCUCAAUUCAGAGCUCACAGAGCUGUUCUUGCUUCUUGCAGCAUGUACUUCCAUCUUUUCUACAGGGACCAGUUAGACAAAAGGGAUAUUGUGCAUCUGAACAGUGACAUUGUCACGGCCCCAGCCUUCGGUCUGCUGCUCGAAUUCAUGUACGAAGGAAAGCUCGAGUUCAACAGUCUUCCAGUUGAGGAUGUGCUGGCUGCAGCUAGCUACCUUCACAUGUAUGACAUUGUGAAAGUCUGCAAGGGCAAGCUGAAAGAUAAAGAAUUAUGUCCAGAAGAAAAGAUUAAUGACGAGGCAGCUAAUUUGGAAAAGGAGGAGCAUUUUUUAGACCCGGGAGUCCACGAGUUUGACCCAGGAAACAAACAGAAAUUCAGUGCUGCAGAAUACGAGAGAGCCACAUGCAAAGAGCGGGUCAUUGGUCACCCUGCCUGGUCCUCUGAUCUUAUAAGUGUCAGUUCUGCGUCUGCAGAGGCAGAAUCGUGCACCGCAGCAGCUGGAAAAACAAAAGCUAAUGUCAAUAGUUCCACAGGACCUUUGUCCCAAAGGUCUGUUAACCAUACCCUGGCUUCAAGUGAUGUGGACUGUGCUCUGGAUUUGUCUUUCAAGCCUGUGCCUGGGAGAGAUUCUUUACACCCCUCCUACGUCUUUGGACAGCUGGCUUCCGACAGCCAGCAGCAGGGUACCGAGCCACUUGUUAAAGAUGAACAAGACUUGCUGUCAGAUCAGGAGGACAGUGAAGCAAGGAGUCCAGAGAGUCAGCAUUUUGGGAAUUCAGCCAAGAGUCUAGUGACAGGGUUAGGACACAUGUUCACAGGAAACGGCAAUUCUCAUGCGAGGGAGGAUGAUAUAGAUCAAGACAGGGAUGAGAGUGAAGAUGACAUGGAUUCCUCUGAUAUCUCCUCCUCAGGUGUGCUCGUGCCCCCCGGGCACAUAUGCAUUUGCCCCCUCUGUAGCAAAGUGUUUCCCAGCCCGCAUGUCCUGCAGCUGCACCUGAGCUCUCACUUCAGAGAUAAGGAUGGCUCACGGACCAGGCUGUCCCCUGACGGGUCAGUGCCCACCUGUACGCUUUGUGGGAAGACUUUUUCAUGCAUGUACACCUUAAAGAGACAUGAAAGGACUCAUUCGGGUGAAAAGCCUUAUACCUGUGGCCAGUGUGGAAAGAGCUUCCAGUACUCCCACAACCUCAGCCGUCAUGCGGUCGUACAUACAAGAGAGAAACCGCAUGGGUGCAAAUGGUGUGAGAGACGCUUUACACAAUCUGGUGAUUUAUACAGACACAUUCGGAAAUUUCAUUGUGGCCUUGUCAAGUCCUUGGUGGUCUGAGACGAGGUUUUGGGUUGUUUUUUUUUUUUUAUUAUUUAAUAUGCCCUUAAUACUCCUUCUCUCUUCCCCCUCCCCCUUUCUUUUUUUCCCCCUCUCCACCCAACACUUUUUUUUUUUUUUAAAGAAAACAAAAAGAUAACUUUUAUUCUUUUAGUCUUUUUGGUGAUACUCACUUCAAGUCAUGAUGUUUAAAAGAUGCAUAAGCAUGCACUUCAGAGGCCUUUUAGCCCCAGUCCUUGCCCUAAACUCAGUCUCCUAGGUCUUCUCUUGCUCCCCUGUGGUAUGUGACUUCUACAGCAUCCAUGUGAAAAUGAUCUUAAGUUAUUCUGCAGUGAUUUUUUUUCUUUGCUUCUGUCUGUCAUACUUUUGUGCUCCUGUUUUUUCCCCCCUUUUAGUUAGUUAAAAAAAUAAUAAUGGUAAAUUGUCAAGAUUUGCUUUUUCUGAUACCAUUACGUUCCCUUAAUAUUAUACGUAUUGUAUACAAACAUGUCAGAGCUGAACCAUAGUUUUACUCUGAGCACAAGGGAUUUUGCCCACUUAACUCCACAUGUCUCAAGAUGGGAAUACAGCCACUCAAAAUUUAGAACUAGGAGUAGUACUAAAUUGGCCCAGUUUUUAAGAGGGUUCGUCAAAUUGUCUGUGGUACAGUUUGGCUUUCGAUGCUUGCUAAAGCAUCAGAAGAGUUUUGUAGCCGAUGCUAACCCCUAAUUGAAAAGUCUCGCUUUCAGACUUCAGACUACUGAGAGAGAAAUUCACGUUUCUUUCCCCACCCGUCCCCCUCCAUGGACUUGUCUGUUGAAUGGCACUGAACCACUUUUGAAAUUAGAUGUGGAUAGAAAAAUGCUUUUAUCCAUUAUAUGCAGAAGGGUAUGUAGUAGAGUACAUAUGAAAAAUGAGGAUGCUUUUCAUCCUUAUAUCAGUCUCACAUGGAAGGGCCAGUUUUGGUCCCAUUGAAAAAUGACUCAGUAAAUGUACAAUGGGGGUGCAAGCUUGGGUCCGUAAUAAGUGAUGUAACAUUGUUCCUAUGCUGGGGAAUAUUUAAGAGCUGCCACACAGUGUCCAUGGGAGGAAAUGGGGUGGUGUAUAAUAUUUUUUUUUCCUUUAAAAUUUUUUUUUUUUUUUUUUUAAAGAUACAAGAUUACUGGGACCUCUGAGUUGUUAAUAGGGUCUUUUAACAUGUUUGGUAUCAUUAUAGUUUGUUGGUUUUUUUCCUCUUAAGUUUCAUACUCCAAGUUACUGAUCUUAGUUGAGGGGUUUCUUGGCUUAUAUUCUAUUAACACUGGCAGUUGCUCUGUUGCCAAUUUUGUGCAGCCCUUCAGAUUUCUAUGGGAUGGCACAAAUUCAAGCCAGUUGGGAUAGUUAGCUUGGCCAGGCAGAAACUAAAAGUCAACUUUUUCCUUUGUUUUUAAAAUUUGAGACUGCCUAUAAUUACAAGUAAUUUAAUUUCAAAUAAGUUAAUUCAAUUAUCUGCCUAAUAGAACAUCCUUUGGUCUGUGCAUGUCAGUAAAUAUCAGAUCAUGCCUUUCCAGUUGAAGUAUCCAUUCAACAUAUAAUUUAUGUGAAGCCAAACUAAUUAUAAUACCUGUGGAUUUUGAACAUCAUUCUACUGGGCUAAACUUCCACCUCCUCCCUUAUUCAGCAAAAUAAAAAUCAUUAUUUCAUCACUUUUACUGACACUCCUGGAAUUGUAUCUUGAAGCUUAAUUUAUUUAAAAAAAAUAUGAAGCACUGAAGUGAUUUUCUUAAAUACUGUACGUCAAAGUACCAGAGUUCAGCCUAAAAGAAGGAAGGAAUUCUUCAGCAUUUCCCCUUAAAAUGUGUUAAGUAAGCACUACCUAUGUAAACAAUAUAGUUUCAACAGUGUAAUUCUGGUAUUGAUUGAUUGUGAAAGUACUUUUUUAUUAUUCAGAAUUUCACUCGUUGCAACCUCCUCUAUUAUUAUUAUGAUUAUUCAUCUCUUGAACUAUGAAUGUACAUGUAAUGUGAAAUUUUAUUUCUUCUCUAUUUAUAGGUUAUCUUUUUUUUUUUAGUCUAACUUCACUGUAAAAUUUUUUUUCUGAACCUGUUACAUGUGGAAGAUGUGGGAGAGUACUGUAUCUUGGAACAUAAGUGGAUUUGGUACUGUGGUCUUAUUCUACUUAAUCACUUUUUUGCUGUGAUCAGAAAUAGCACUGAACAAAAUCUGCUAAAAUUAAGUUAUUUUUCUUUCUACUAAAAUUAAAUUAUUUUUUUUCCUGAUGAUACUUGAUAUAGUAUUUAUUAGAAUUUUUUGAAGUGGAAUUAUUACUGUUAAAUGUUUUUGGGGGGUUUCUUUUCUUUUCUUUUUUUUUUUUUUAGAAACAAAGUUAAUCUACACUUUAAAAUCUUACAGCAAUUUCUUUUCAUGUUGUAAAGUGAACAACUAAUACGGUAGUGGUUUUAUCUAUGCUUGUAACAUUUUUCUUAGUUUUUGCAUUUUUGUGAUACUUUUGUUGAAUUUCACUUUUCACUACUUUUCAUAAUAUUUUUUGAAAGAUCAAAUAAUCAUUUAAAAGGUGCCAUAAAAGACAUCAUUAGUAUAUGGGGGCAGGGAAGAGUUGAAACAAGUUUAUAUCUAACUUUAGCCUAGAAAUAAUUAAUUAAAUUAAUGCUAUGAGCAUGCUCUGUACUUCAGUGAAAAUGGGGCAAAAGUAAGAAGCAUGCUGGGUUUUUCUUUUACUGCAUCAUUCAUGCACUGUCCUUUUUCAUAAUGUAGUGUUUUUAUCCCUGAACUUCAUAGCUUGAAUUUCUAAAGUAAAGAUGUUUGCACUUAUUUUUAUUUUAAGGUGACUUUUUUGGCUAUCUUUGUUUUUGCAUUUUUUUAAAGUUGCAAUAGCUUUGAGCAUGUCUUCAAAAUGGUUCAUUACUCUGCAAGGAAGUACUAAAAACAUUGCACACUUAGGUUUGUUUUUCAUGAAAUAUUUCACUGUGGGGUAGUUACGUUCUCUAUAGAGAAAGUUACUGCUCUGAAUUUUAAACACUGGAUUUGUCUUCUACUACAAACAAAUACUGUGAAGUUAAUGUAAAAAUCAUCAAUAUUUUUAAUUGUUUUUAAUCUUGGUGCAGUUCAGAUUAAAUAUGUAUAUUUAAAGACACUAAUUUUUGUGGGAGAGUUUUAUAGUAUACAGUAUGUAGAAAAGCUAUUGGAAUGGAAUAUAUUUUAUAAAAAUGUUCUAUCACUGUUUUAUAGUGAACUAUUUUUUUCUUCAGUGUUAGCAUAAUGCUGUUUAGUCUAGAUAAGACAAUCGCAGAAAGAGUGACUUAAACUAUUGUUAGUGCUUAGUUUUUGUGUGAAGUUUUUGUUUGCAACUGUAAUGGUAUGUGCUGUAAAAUGUGACAAUCGUGAUUAGGAUUGUUGUCUUUAUAAAUUUACACAAAAUAAAAAUGUGCUAGAAUUGUAAA